UCCAAAAAGAUGGUUAAUAUUUAAUAGAGGUCAAAGGAGAGAGAACGCUGAAGGAUGGGAUUUGUAGUCUUUAAUCUUUUGCCGACUUUUCAGUGGCGAUUGGAUUUGUGAACGCGCUUGCGCCAUUUGGUUCCCGAAGCUUCCGGAAUGGCUCUUGCCCGACCGGUGGAUGGGCGGGAUGAGUGCGCAUGCGUAUUUUUUUGAGGCGGCGGUUCCUCGCUCCUUCCGAAGCGGUGGUUGGGCUAGAUGAAUGCGCUUGCGCGUCUUCCCCUGGAGGAACCAGCUUUGCUUCUCUCUCCCUCUGGCGGUUGAGCGGAGGGAGUGCGCUUGCGUGUCUCCGCCCCUGCCUCCACUGCGACGCGUGGGUGGCGGUUGGUUUCUGCUCUCCUGGGCGCGCGGCCCGGCUUUCUGUGCCCGGGAUGGCUAGCGCCUCAGCCCUCGCGGGGAGCUCUGCUUUGGGGUUGGGUGCUGUCGGGGGCCCCGGGCCUUGGGGCAGCUCGACCGGGGGCCCGUCCCGCUAUGUGGCCGGGAUGCAGGAGCUGUUUCGGAGCCACAGCAAGACACGCGAGUUCCCGGCGCACAGCGCCAAGGUGCACUCGGUGGCCUGGAGCUGUGACGGGCGCCGCUUGGCUUCGGGCUCCUUCGACAAGACGGCCAGCGUCUUCUUGCUCGAGAAGGACCGCCUGGUAAAAGAAAAUAACUAUCGAGGACAUGGGGACAGCGUGGAUCAGCUUUGUUGGCAUCCAAGUAAUCCAGACCUCUUUGUCACUGCAUCUGGGGACAAAACUAUUCGCAUCUGGGAUGUUAGAACUACAAAAUGCAUCGCUACUGUGAAUACUAAAGGAGAGAAUAUUAACAUUUGCUGGAGUCCUGAUGGGCAGACCAUUGCUGUGGGCAACAAAGAUGAUGUGGUAACUUUCAUUGAUGCUAAAACCCACCGUUCAAAAGCAGAGGAACAGUUUAAAUUUGAAGUAAAUGAAAUCUCCUGGAAUAAUGAUAACAAUAUGUUCUUCCUGACAAAUGGCAAUGGUUGUAUCAACAUUCUCAGCUAUCCUGAGUUGAAGCCUGUGCAAUCCAUCAAUGCCCAUCCUUCCAAUUGCAUCUGUAUCAAAUUUGACCCCACUGGGAAAUACUUUGCCACAGGAAGUGCUGAUGCAUUGGUUAGCCUUUGGGAUGUUGAUGAAUUAGUGUGUGUGAGAUGUUUUUCCAGAUUGGAUUGGCCAGUGAGAACCCUUAGCUUUAGCCAUGAUGGGAAGAUGCUUGCAUCAGCAUCUGAAGAUCACUUUAUUGACAUUGCUGAAGUAGAAACAGGUGAUAAGCUCUGGGAGGUGCAGUGUGAGUCCCCAACAUUCACGGUGGCUUGGCAUCCCAAAAGACCUUUGCUGGCAUUUGCUUGUGAUGACAAAGAUGGCAAAUAUGACAGCAGCCGGGAAGCAGGGACUGUGAAGUUAUUUGGACUUCCUAAUGACUCUUAAAAAGAGGCUGGAGAGUCCAGUCUGGAGAGGGGAGCACUGGUUCAGAAGAGAGGCUGGGAGAAAGGCCUGGGAAAGUCAGGCAUUGUUUUGUCUAGUUUGUUUGGUCUGUUUUUUCCCAGAGUACAUUCUCCCAUCACCAAAUAUCCCAAUAGAAGAAAAAGUUGUUACAUGUCCACCCAUUUGAAUAAGAUAGUACGACUUUUGGCAGUAUUUUUAUGGGACUGGGGGGGUGGCAGAGUUUCCAUUUAUAGUAAUCUGUUAAUGCAAAGAGCACUGAAUUUAAGAGAGCAAUGGAAAGAAGACUGGAUUUGAAAUUAGAGGCCUCUAUUUACAGCUUAGUUCUGCUAUUACUUAAAACUUUGCCUCUCUGGGCCUUAGUUUCUCAUUUUUAAAAUGAGGGAUUUGGAUGAUCUAAAUCCUAUUAUCUUUCUGUCUCAGGGGACUGUCCUAUAUUGUUCAGAAAUCCUAGGAAUUUCUGCAAUUGGAAUUUUGUUAAUUCCAAUUGCAAUAAUUAAUGGAAUUUUUGUUAAUUAAAUGGAAAAAUUGCAAUUUCCUCCCUUUUUUUAUUGCCUUGAAUUUUGAGAAGGUAUUGUAAAGCUAUACUUCAUAACCUUUGCUGACUCUAAAAGGUUGUUGGUUUUAGGAAGUGACAACCUCACUUCUUGAUUAAAUAUUGAAUGGCCCAUAUUAGUAAUUUUAUCUUGAAUAGAGAUGAAAAAGACUGGUGCCUUAGUACCAUAGUCCUGAAAAUAAUAGCUCACUCUUCUAGAAAGAGAGGGGCUUGGAUUAGAUGACUUCUGAAUUCCUGUGAUCCAUUUUUAAUAGCACUUGGUUUGCAAAAUAAUUUCCUCACAAUAACCCUAAGGGGAGGGCAGAGAGUUUUUUAUUCCCAUCUUAAGGUGAUGAAACUGGCAUAGAGAGGCUUAAAUAAUUUACCAAGGGGUCACAUGGCUAGUCAGGUAUUCCUGCCUGAGUGAUUGGUGUUAUAACAUAAUUUCAAUUUGCUACCUCAUUUGGGUAUCCCCAUAUGUGAUGUAUGUCUUGAUAACUCUCCUCUGCUCAUACUCAUUCUACUUGUGGGUCCAGGGUUGAUGAAGAGGAAUGUAACAUUUUGGGAAAAGUAUUUUUUAAGAAUGAUUUUGAUAUUUUAGCUUUUAAUAAAAGUUAAAUUUUGGGGCAUUCUUACAAUUUAGUAAGGUGGUACUGGACUUUUUUAUUUUCUUUAUCUGUGAGAGAUGUAUAAAAGUGAUUGUGGGUGACCUUGUUCUUUACCACUUUGAAUUCUGCUUUAAAUCCUUAACUUCUCUGGGAAGUUGAAGCUGAUUGGCGAUCAUUUUAAGCUGUCAUUUGCUACCUUACAAUAACAGUUUCCCAUUUCUUUGAUGAAAGUUUUUAAAAUACUGUGAAGGCUGCUGGGUCUAGAGAUUGCCAUCUUUAUUUUAUAGGGUGGGUCUAAUUCAACCCGGUCAGGAGGUAUCCAACUGAGUACCCUAGAAAUCUAUUUUUGGUCCUAUUAAAAAGAUUUUACAACACCUAGA